AUAGACGUCAGAGAGAAAGAGAGGGAGCGAGAGAAGAAGACAUUACUAAAGUGUCGAUAGAACGUUCCCGAAGGAUAAAUGAAAAUAAUUUCCAAAAGCAAUAGAUUUUGAGUUAUCGCGAGUGUUAUAAUAGCUUAAAUACGUGUACGUAUAUACAAGCUGUAAAUAUAUAAGCAGGUCGGAGCGCGCACGAUCGGAGAAUCGCGCGCACCGCAAGGAGUGGGAGAGAGACAGCGCUGCCGGGAUCCAUGUUGCUCGACGGGGCGAAUGACGUCAUCAAAUGUUGGUGCAAGUGGAUUCUCGUACGGUGUGUCCCCUCGAUGUUUCCGAUAAUGUUUUCGUGAUAAAGUUUGACGUUCGAACGGUGAUAAAAAAACUUGAGUGAAAAUUUUUUUAGUUCCUUUUCUUUAAACCUUUCCCGGAGAAUCGUGAUUUUACUUGUUUUCAUCGUCAAUUUGGUGCUUCGUGUUGCCGCAAAGCGGUGUCGAAAAAGAAUACGAAAGUAAAUCGGGUUUUGACGUGGAGCUAAAAGCGUGUGCGAUCUGACGUUAAUUGUGCUGCUCGUGCGGUGCUACUGCGUUGCUUACGGACCACGGAAGAUGUACGUCAUGAAGGACUUCACGGCGUCCUGAAUCGGUAUGUGCGGUUUAUCAAUGGGAUUCGGCAUGUGGGAAAAGAUUCGUUCGGUUCUACUACAAUCCGUAGAGUAAAUUGAGCAACCGACAAAAAUGGCAAACGGUUUAUGACGAAUCCGAUUGUUAGACCAAUGAAUAAGGUCUCGUAAGCGAAAGUUAACGAGAGACUCAAAUUUCGUCGGGAGAAAGGAAACGAAAGGAUCUGUUCUCGUUGGAGUUGUCGUCGUUGUUUUGCACGGAAAAGCAACAAUAACAACAAGCACGCCCUCAUCAAAGUGGCUAAGAGCGUAAGUCCUCGUCGAGUGCACCAGGAGUGCUCCGGUGUCGAGAUACAGGUGAAGGAGAGGCGAGAUUCACCGAGGCGCAUGCCUUAUCUGUGGCCUGACAUGACAACCCGGCUAUUCGCCAUGUUUUACACGGUCGAGGUCGGAGACACCAAGUUCACUAUUCUCAAGCGUUACCAGAAUCUCAAGCCGAUUGGCUCGGGGGCGCAGGGAAUCGUCUGCGCUGCAUACGACACCGUAACGGCACAAAAUGUCGCAAUUAAAAAGCUCUCGAGACCUUUUCAAAAUGUUACACACGCCAAGAGAGCUUACCGAGAGUUCAAGCUGAUGAAGCUUGUCAAUCACAAGAAUAUAAUCGGUCUUUUGAAUGCGUUCACUCCACAACGCUCGCUGGACGAGUUUCAAGAUGUUUAUCUGGUUAUGGAGUUGAUGGACGCCAAUCUGUGCCAAGUUAUCCAGAUGGAUCUCGAUCACGAACGCAUGUCUUAUCUCCUCUAUCAGAUGCUCUGCGGCAUCAAGCAUUUACACUCGGCUGGAAUAAUCCACAGGGAUUUGAAACCGAGCAACAUUGUCGUAAAGAGCGACUGCACCCUCAAGAUUCUGGAUUUCGGUUUGGCGAGAACCGCAGGAACGACGUUUAUGAUGACACCUUACGUCGUGACGCGGUAUUAUCGAGCGCCAGAAGUGAUUCUGGGCAUGGGGUACAAGGAGAACGUUGAUAUAUGGUCGGUCGGCUGUAUAAUGGGGGAAAUGAUAAGAGGCGGCGUUCUUUUUCCUGGCACUGAUCACAUCGAUCAGUGGAACAAAAUAAUCGAGCAGCUUGGUACGCCCGCGCAAGAAUUUAUGCAACGACUUCAACCGACAGUGAGAAAUUACGUCGAGAACAGGCCACGGUAUCCUGGCUAUCCGUUCGAAAGGCUAUUCCCCGAUAUAUUAUUUCCCACGGAUUCCUCGGAACACAAUAGACUGAAAGCGAGCCAAGCCAGAGAUUUGCUGUCGCGAAUGCUCGUUAUCGAUCCGGAACGGCGUAUUUCCGUGGACGACGCUUUACUGCACAAUUACAUAAAUGUCUGGUACGACGAGGGAGAGGUCAAUGCUCCGGCACCAGGUCCUUACGAUCAUAGCGUAGACGAGAGAGAACACACGGUCGAUCAAUGGAAGGAAUUGAUCUACCAGGAAGUGAUGGAGUAUGAGACAAGUCACAACCCAGCGACCUCGGCUCAACCCUCGGAAAGUGCAGGCUCACGGUAGACGGAAGGAAAUUCGUGUUUACUCGCUGACACGUCGUCGAACGCGAAGAACUCACCGGAACGAUGAGAAUUAUUCGCAAUAACGAGUUUCAAGAUCGUCGAAAUAUCGUACGAUCAAUAAACCAAUUACAAAUGAGACGAAAUAAAAUAAAAUUCGGUAGAGAUAAUUUGCCGAUAUUUGGCACCUCGAGUUGUAUCGUGGUGUCAAUACGACGAGGAAUAAACAAACAAAAAACGGAAAAGGUACGAAGUUGAGUGCGCGCCGAUCCUCUUCUCCGUUUCUUGUUCGAUUGGCGGAAUUUUUCGGGGGCAAUUAUACACGAAACACACACACACACACACACACACACACACACACAUAUAUAUACACUUUAAUAAAAUGCAAAAAAAGAAAAUGAAAUAAGUAUAAACAUCGCCGCGAGCGCAAGACAAAAACGUCGAAAUUGAAAAUGAGAACGUGCGAUUUUCGCAACGAUGUUAAGAGACAGAGAUUAAUCCAUGCGGGACACUAUCUUCUAGGCUAAUCAUUCAGAGUGUACCAAUGCAAGGUAUACGAUAUUUUGAUAAUAGAUAAUUAUUCCUUCCCCGAGGGAAUGACAAUAGCAACGUAACCUACUAUCUUUCGUAUGGCAGGAAGGAAGCCCAAUAAAUAAUGGAUUGAGAUUCGGAAUGCAACAGAUUCGUCCGUUUGAAAGGAAAGUCACAGAGGAAUGAGAUUUGAGGAAUGAAAUAGGCACUCGCAUGCAAAAAACAAUAAGCUUAACGACGAAACAAAUUUUCAUAACGCUAGGGAAUCAGGCUCGAGAUUUCAGAGUGCGAAAUAAAAGAGAACAAGAGAUCAAGAUAGUGAAAAACGGUAUCGAGCGAGACACGACUGGAUAAUAUUAUGUCGAAAUCUCACAGUUUACAGAAUUUCAGAGAUAAACUUGUGAGAUGUGAGUGGGCGAAUAAAUGUGUGUGUAUGGCGCGUUUCAGAUAAUCCUGAAGAUCAAACCUGCAAUAGACGUCUCGUGAGUUGUCACGUCGCCGUUCAUAGCUGUACAAUUUUUUACUCCUUACUUGGGGACGAAGCGUGUGCGACAAAAGUAAGAAAUCAAUAUGAAAAAUAAGAACGAUAAUCGGGCGAAACGACGAAUAUCACAUUCCCGCGGGCGUUGAAAUACACAAAAUGAGUGUCGGUGAAUGCUGUUGUUGGUUUUUGUCCUUUUAUUAUUAUCAUUGAUAUUGAAAUUUUAUUCGAUUUACCCUCCCGCCUCGAGAGAGUAUUUUCCUCCAAACACGAUAAAUGUGAAGAGCAAAAGUGCGUGGGCGAGUGAGUGACACGAAACAUAAAACUGAUCAGUGUCCUCGUUAGAAAUGUGAAAAUUCUUCAUUUUUGUACAUCCCAAAACAAACGAGACGGAGGGAGUGAGAGGAAAAACCCGCACGAAUCAUAGGCCCGAGUACGAGAAUAGGGGAAAAAGGAAAAAAAGUGAUUUUCCGAAGCCCGGAUCGUGAGAUCUUGGAUCAGGCGAGAAUUAUUGGAGUCGAUUGAAUCUGGCGAACGGAUUGGAAACAUGAAUUAUUGUAUUUAUUACGAACUACUUGGAGGAGAGACAAAGAGAGAGCGAGUAAGAAAAAAACCACCAAAUAAAUUAACGAAACGGCCAUUCGCGAUGAGCGAAGGAAAAUGAAAAAUUCAAUAAUUGUGGAAUAUGAACGUGGAGUGAUUUGUAAUUGUAAACGUUGAAUUUUUAUUUUCCACGAUGAAUAGUUAUGUGAAUAUAUUGCUACAGUCCGAUCCAAAUAAUCAAGCUUUUGUAACACUAAUUAUAAUAAAUAAUAAAGAAAAUAAGUAAUUUUAACGAUAAUUGCUAAUAUUACGUAAUUGUAUUGCGCACGAUAUUUACAAUUAGGUAUGAAGCAAGGAUGCGAACGAGUUUGCUAAUCGAGUUGCCGGUGAGAAUGAGACGAUGCGAGAGUGCUAGAAUUAAGAUUGCGAGGAGGUAUGAUGAUUUUGUGUGUUCCUUUUAUCCUUAUUUUUUAUUUUUCAUUUUCAAAAUGUUUAGUCAAAGCGGGGUACGGGCUUGACCAAAAAUCUUUGAGAAAUUCAUUCACGAAGUGGAACAUUCGUUAUUGCGAAAUACGUUUGUACUAAAUAUUGUAACAAAAAGUACUCGAGAGGGCGAGAGCGAAUUCAUCGAAAUAUUUUCGCAUUUGAAUCAAGGGCGAAUGUAACAUUUUGCUAACUCAAUUAUUAAAUGAAUUAAACCUCGUUUUCACAUUUAUAAUUGACCCAUCAGCCGUGCUAUUGAGCAAAUGAAUCUGUUUUCGUCGCUUCAAUAUUUCGAUGGACCGUGUCCGAAUCCCCUGAACCUCAGCACCGAGUUAGAUGAACGAAUGAAUUUUCAAACACUCUUAUCGCCCAGCCUAAGAAAUUCGCAAGUCAAAAGUCAAUUAUCGCUACUUACUAAAGAAUUUCUUUCGAAUCUACCUUACAGGGUAUAAACGAUCGUUGCCGUUUUUUAAGCGCGUUUAAUAAACACCAUUUUUCCACGUUUGGCGCAGCGAUUAAACACAAAUCUCAGAAGUUCGUCCAAAUUUUUGCUAACCAUAAUAUUCUUUGAGGCGGGGGUCUCUAAGCACAUUUCGAAUAUGCAAAAAAAAAAUGGCAUUUCUUCUUACAAUCCUGUCAAAAAAUCAGAAUCCCCUUCUCAUUAUCGAAGGGGUUGUCUUACAGAUCGGGAAAUUACUUCGAAAAAUAAUAUUCCCCCAGGAAUAUUGAGCGCGAUAAUCUCACUCUAAAAAUCCUUUAAUCAAUUGUACGUUUUUUCUCCAAGCGACUGCAAAAUAGACCAAGACGAUUAGUUUUUAUUUUUUUUUUCUUUUGCUCGGAGUCACUCCCCCCUUAAAUCGUCGAGCUUUACCAGGGUGCAAUUUUCAAUAAUAUCUAAUAAAAUAUUAAAGAGAGGAAUAAGAACGAGAAUCAUUCACGUGGGCGUGAUGAGAGCGAGCAGUAAAGAGGAGAGAAAUUUUUCGUACGUACGAGCGAUCUCCGGGUAUAAACCACAUCGCGGUUUCCCAAAGAUUUUUGGGCUCCGUGCUUGGCGCACGUGGGAGAGAAGAGCGGGGGGGGGGGGGGGGGUGAAGUGAUAUAUCCGAGUAAUAUUAAAAUGCAUAAAUACAAUAUAUGAAAAUAUAUAUAUGUAUAAAUAUGACGAUGACGAUUGAGAGAGUGAAAGGACAAAACAAAAGGAAGAACAAAACGACACACCGCGAUAGAUAAUGUAAUAUGAGAGAAAGCGAAAGAGAAAGAAGAAAAACGCUCUAGCUGUAAGGAUGACGAACUAUAAUUAAUUAUUUAACGCGAAAAGAGAGAGAGAGAGAGAGAGGGGGGGGGGGGGGGAGAGAAAAGAAUGAGAAAGGUGAAAAUAACAAAUUGAUUAACGAUAAUUCUCUUAUUAGGGCGUUUAGGGGGCAAAAGUUGCGAGACAAAAUAGAAUUGUAAAGAAGUGAGUUUACCUGUGCUGCGAGCGAUACUGACGUAACGUCGAAAGGAGGAAAAUAAUUGGGGGGAAAAAGUGAGAAAAAAAAUGAGAAUAAAACCAAAAUCAGUGAAAACAAAUAAAUGAAAAAGAGAAGAAAAAAAAACGAAAAAAAUAAAUAAACGGUCGUAGUCGGUGAAAAUGAAGAAAACAAAAAAACAAAAUAAUAAUGUCCAUGUUGCUAAUUUAGUGGUGAGGUAGUUUCGCGCGUAGUGACGACGUUUUUAUUAGUGACUUACAGUUAGAGAUGAGUCGAGGCCCGAUUAGUCGAGGACUAAUUUGAAAAUGAAAUAAGAAAAUAAAACUUGACAACACACAGAUUUAAUAAAUUAAUACAAUACGACAAACAGCAACAGCAUCAACUACAAAAAGAGUUUGGAAAAAAAAACAAAGAAACACACGUGUAGCUUUUAGAAUAACUUAGACUAGAUAUUUAUAGAUGAUCAUUGAGAGCCCGUUCCUUCUCGUUAGAAUGUGUGUAGCACCGUUGAGGAAAAUUCAUUGCGAAGUCCGAUACGUCUCAUGGCACGGAAGUGAGCACUGUCGACUCGUUCAAAAUUUCUUCCAGUUCUUAUUAAUUCUUUCCCUCUCGUUUUCUUUUUCAAUAAAAUUCACUAUUUCUGUUCGGUAUUUUUCAUCACGACUGAUUAUUAUGAAUCUUUGAGAAAACGAUGCAAUUUCGAUUGACUUUUUGCUUUCAACUCUCCACAUAAAGUUUUCUUCUUGAACUCGAUUCGAUGACUUUUUCAUCUAAAACAACGACGUCUCACUUCGUCGGAUGCCUUGAUGUUAAAGGAUUUCUAAUACAAUGUUACGUUAUUCGUUUCUGGUGUCAUUUUUUCUGGUUUCACCCUCUGUCACGGCCGCUAAAUCGCAGGGUAAAUUGUAACCUCGAUGAAAGCUCUUGCGAGCCCUUGAUUGUACAGUUUUUUCCCAUUGUUCAGCUCCGCCGAUCGACCACGAAAGGCUGAGGAAGGGCUCCACCUUCGAAAGUAAAAAAGUCCCGAUCUCUUGAUCCACGUUUGAAAAAUCGGCAAAAAGAAUUCCUGGGGAAAUAUGCUGUAAAGAAUUUUUCGAGUGAGAUAAAGAAAAAUGAGUUUUUUCGUGCUCUGUAGAUAAAGUUGUGAGAGAAGUGCUAUUUUUUAAAGUGGUUCUUCUGCAAUGAGUGCACUUCCGGCAAUUUUUAACAGUCCCUUGUUUAAGCGUUCGUUCGAAAAUGGGAGAAUUUUUUCGAUAAAGGAGCGUGGGGCCCCUCCCCUUAAUCCUGAUUUUCAUGAAUUUCAACGUCUGUACCAAUAUUUUCUUCUCCUCUCUGUCUCUCUUCAUGGCAUUUUCUCAUUGAGAAAAGUACCGGAAGAAACAAAAGUUCUCCGAUCGACGGAGCCAUUUUUUCUAGACGAAGCUUCGAGGAGACAAACAUUUUGUCACUUGGAGGUAGAUGAGGAAAAGGAGGAAGAGAACGAAAGAAAAAAAAACGAAAAAUAUGAAGAAAAAAAAAACGAAAAACAAAACAUAAAAAUCAAUAAUAAUAAGCAAGAAAAAAUGAAGCGCAGUGUAAUCCUAAUUUAUUAUAAAUAUUACAACAUUAAUAUUAACUGAUAUAUACCUCUUCUGUAAAUACGUUUAACGAAUAAUUAUUAUGAUUAUACUCCUUAAUGAUAGUGAAAAUGAAAAGAAAAAAGAAACAAAACGAAGUGAUGAAAGGACAUAAAGUUUGAAUAACAUCCAUCAUUGCGAUAAAGGUUUUGAAAGAAAAAAAAAAACAAAACAAAACAAAACAAAACAAAAACAAACGAAGAAGAAAGAGUUGAGGAAAGGAACAAAAGUGCUGAUGAUUUAUUUGUGAAUAUGAGGGGAGGGGGAUUGCGGUGGGAAUGCAAUUUGGGAUACUGACGGUCCUCAUGAGCGACUCGACGAUACUCCUUUAUCGUUGUAUUUUCCAAAACGGUAUAAAUAUUAUACAUAAUUUUUAUUAUAUAUAAAAAAUAGAAGAGAGGGAAGAGAAAGAUGGGAAGAAUGAAAGAUGCAGACGUACGCUAAUCUUAAAUAUCGAUCUCGACGGUCGUGAGAGCUCCCUCGUCAUCGAAAAUGCACGACGAUAAUAACGAGUAGUCGCGAAUCGGAGGCAUAUUACGAAUGAUGGAGAAUGGAGAAAAAUUGGUGAUCAUCAGCGCGUCGUUCGUGUACUUCGAUGAGAGAGAAACGAGCGGUUUUUAAUGGCUUUGUGUUCUGUAAUAUCGAUAACGAUGAUACGAUGAUGAUGAUGAUGAUGAUGAUGAAGUUAGGACAGAAACUUUAGACGUAGACUGACUAAAGGGGUUCCUAAAAUUCAAGAUGACGAAAAAGAGUAAAUAAAUGCUUACCGUUGUAUCGUGACAAACGAGACGAUAUUGUUUUUCUCCGCUACUGUGCAAUUAAUCUCACAUUAAAUGUUUCAAAUUGAGAGUCCACACUUUUAUUUUUAUCAUAGUGAGGUUAUCCCAUUAAAGUUAUCGGUCCACUCGACCCAGUCAUUGGUAUCUUUCUCGUGCCAUGAUACGUCGGUUACGAGGAAGAAUAAUAAAAAGAAAAAUAAUGGUGAAAGAAUGCGAAAAAGGACGCUCGGAUUUCCGUCUAUCAGUAUCCCUUCCCGAUACAAUUAGAUAAAGAAAAAACAAUGAAAUAAGAGAAGAAGAAGGAAAAAAUAAGAAAAACAAAAAAACGCAGAAAUGAAACUGAUGAAACUAUCGUAAUUGUAUAAUCAUUUAUGAUCGAGAGUUGGGCACAGGUUUCAACCACACACCGCUAGCGUUUAAAACAAACGAUCAUUAUUUAUUGGCAACUGAACCAAUGCUCAAUGACGCUGUUGGUUUAAAUUAAUAAAGAAAAAGCUGAUAACUUU